GCUCUGUAAUUGUGCGUACAUGUUGUGAAUGUGAUAAAAAAGCGCCAGUUUUCAUGUUAUCAGCCGGCUGUAUUAAAUAGAAUGAUAAUAUACUGUAUUAUUUUUAACUACGAAAAAUAAAUGAAAGUGAUCAUGCUUAUUUUUAUUUUUAUUGUAUGCCCCCUUGAUGGUAUACAAGCAAAUACACAUUGGAUGGUCACAGAAAGUGGCUUAAUUCAGCCAAAGGUUGAUUCUCCAUUUGAAUUGGACCGACCAUACGAUCUGUUAGCUUUCAUAGAUCAAGAGACGUAUUGGAAUGAGAUUAUAGAUAUUUAUAACGAUUUAUCAAAAAGGCAAAUAAUCAUUGAUAAAUUAUGGAAUGAUGUGGAUAAGAACACAGAUAUUGGUUUGCUAGUUCUAGCGGAUAGCAAUUGUUUGAAAGCCGGCCAACUUAAACAGUUGGAUUGGUAUGUGUCAUAUUCUGAUGAUGGUAGUUCUCGGAAUAUUCCAGACUAUGUGUACCAAGUUACACGUCCACUGUUUACUUUGGAUUUACACAUUCCGGACUGCAAGAAAAUAUCAUCAUUAAUUUUUAGUAUGUCUACAUUUGAACAUUUAGAGAGCAUGAUUCAUAGAGAUAAUUUAACUAUGUUGGGAGAGGAGCACUUACCUGAGAAGGUGGCGCCCAUAAUGACUCUAGACCAGUUUGGUAACUGGGUGGCUCGUAUUCUUAAGAAGAACAACACAUCAUGGCUGCAUUAUCACAUGGCUUCCAUGUAUUGGCGUGUGAGAGGUAAAGCUCCUAAGGCAAUUGAGUGCAGUCGCCGGGCUAUACAUUAUGCACCAAGAGAGUAUAAAGAUUUAGCGCUAUUAGGAUUGGGCACAAUACUACAUGUUAGUAGAAUGACGGAAGAUGCAGUGAUUGUAUUGAAUGCGGCAGUAGACCACAAUCCAAACUCAUAUUUAAAUCAUUUUCAUAUAGCCAAUGCUUAUGCGGUGCUCUGUGACUUUAAUAAUACGAGUAGACAUUUGAAUGAUUGUCUGAAAUUGAAUCCUACUUUUGAAAUUGCUAUUAAGCAUAAACAUGGUGCAAAUUGUCUGGGAAAUGUAUGGCAGAAGUUGAUAGUAGUAAAAGUAGCCUUAAAUAAAUUGCGUGAUGAGCUUGUAAUAUACGGUCAGAAAGAGGCUCAGUUGCUUAAAUUACAAGCAUCAAUACUAAAGGCGAUGAAGCUAAAAGAGGAACAUGAUUAUAUGAGUGUUGUGAAAAACUGUGAGAAAAUGACAGAGUUAACUGGUCUCGAUAUAAAAGCACUUAAAGUAAGAGGUGAUAGGAAUUCACUGAUUAAGUACUUUCUCGAUGGACCAAUAUAUAAUGAUCUGUGGACAGAUAAAACCAGUUUACAUGUGAUUGAAGUGGCAUUUAGUCUGCAGAGAUUGGCCAGACAUGUUGAUAAGCAUUCAAGCUUAGCUUCAGAACUAAUGGCUCAGUCUGAUUUACUUCGGUCUGCGGAACAUAGAGCUUUGAAGGAUUUGAUGCCAUCCUCAAUACCAGAUAUUCCAAGUAAGGAAAAUACAGAAGUAAAGCAAGAAACAAAGAUUGAUAAAAAAGCAAGUACUAUUGAAGAGGAGUUGGAUGUAUUUGAAGUUGGAGUACAUUUGUUCCCACCUACAAUGAAGAUAAAUCGCAACGCUGAAGAUUUUGACAACGAUCCAGAUUGGCCGUCGAAAAGUUUUUGUAAAGAACACGAAAGGAAUUUUCCGCAGAAUGUAGAAGCUAUAUAUCCUGUAUUUAUGCCUUUUGAAAACAAAGGCUUAAUGCUGGGUACACUGUUAACGGAUAAGUUGGGAGUGCCGGCAUCUGAGGAACAUGAUCUCCCAUGGCACCCUCCCACCUGCCCUCAUGAUAAAGUCUCUGCAGCCUUCACACAGAAGAGAAAGAGUCAGCUGGUAGGAGAAGUGAUAAGAACGGAUCAGCUGAAGCAGAAGUUGUUGGAGUACGCGGGCAACGGCAACAGCGACCUCGUGCGGCACAUGCACGACGCUGAAAUUGGACAUAGGAUAUACUCCGCCGUGCAAAAGAGAUUGGCACCAAAAUGGAUUCUAUACACAUUAUCAUCACUGUACUGGCGAGCUCGUGACAACAACGUGAACGCACUGCACUGUCUGCUGACCGCCAGUAAAGGUGUGCCCAUACGAUACAAGGAUCUUGUGCUCAUCUCCCUCGCCUCCGUCUGCUUGGAGAUGGGAUACUUCGAUGAAGCUCUGACAGCAGCUGAAGAGGCUUUCAGACUUAGCUUGUACGAACCGGCAACAAACUUCAUUUUAGCAGAAUUAAACAUGUUGAAGAAACAUCGGCAUACCCAUUUGUUUCACCUGAAACAAGUUGUGCGAGUUGACAAGGAGUUCCUCGGUGGUAUUGCUAAAAAUAUAUUGUAUGCUUGGGGCUGUGUAUUAAAACAGGCCAUUGAUUUAUCUGAUUUUGAUUAUGGCAAAAGCGAUGUGUGCACACAAUUAGAGCCGGGUGUGAACAUGGUGUGCGACAGGGACGGCACCAACUGUCAUGUCACUAAUGUCAAAUGUCCCAGUUAUAUGGAGAAAGCGGAUAAAAGCGUAUUAGUUCGUCUACUGGAGCUAAAAGACGAGAGUAUAAGACAAGCGCACGUCGACAACAUGGACGAGGAUCUGUUCGACCGGAUCAUAAAGAACAUGCCGAGAGACCGCGCAGACUUCCUCGGCCAUCAGCUCAACCUGGACACCAUGAUGAUCACCAUAGCAAAUUCUCUCAAGGGUUGCGGACCCAAAGGAUGUCAUACUAUGCAGGCGGAGGACAUGGCGCUGCAGGAGGAAGACUGUACGUACCAUCACCUGCAGCUGGGCUACUGGCUGCAUAUUGUUAGUUUCAAGCAGCCCUUCUCUGAUCCUAACUUGCGUCUGUUAGAUAUAACAUCACUGAGUCCGUCUAACAAGAAGGUUCCUGAGUGCCGGAUAAACGGAGAAACUGCACGGGAUUACUUCCUGGAGCGUGUGAUGCGCGUUGACGCGGAGCACUGGGAGCCUGUACUUACACUCAUGCAUCAGUUUGCUGAAGUAUUUAACUACUUUGACUACGUCACGCUGGGAGCCAAGAUAUCCAAGUAUUUGGAGAAUAAGCCACGUUCGUGGUCGGGGGCGCUGUCGGCGGCGUGGUGGUGCGGCGCGAGCGGGCGCGGCGAGUGCGCAGUGCGCUGUCUGGUCGCCGCCCUCUCCCUCGCGCCGCAAGCGCACGCGCAUCACGUCUGGCGCUCCAUCGUCGCUCUGCUGCACACGCAAUCAAAACAAAGGGACGCAAAAGAGAUCGCAUACCUAUCAUUCUAUCUUUCGCCAAAGAGCAAAGUGGAGGCCUUCCUGGUGGCUGUAUCACAUACAUGCGUUGCGGAGUUCGAGGAGGCGGUGUGGAUGUACCGGUACGCGCUGUCGUACGACCAGAGGUACCUGCCGGCGAAGGCGUGUCUGCACGCCACCAUCUGCCUCAUGGUCUUUGGCGAGAAUGCCAAAGAGCAAGCGGGAUAACUUGCAUAAUAUACCAAAGAGUAAAACAUGUCGAGGUUAUAGAAAAGUUCGUGCCGAUUUAUAAAGUCUUUGAUUGCAUUUAAAACUGAAGUAAUAAGUAGUAAUAAAUGAAAAUCUGCUUAUCCGAUGUCGUCAAUCUGUUUGGACGUAGAAAUAGAUUUUAACAGCUGUAUAUAAUGAUAUGUUUUGGAACUGAAUUCCAAUACCUUUGUGUAUUUAAAAAAAGCUUUUAGCUUUUCUUUUUUUUUUACUGGAAAAUUUUGUUGGUCCAGUUUUAUUUUGACACGAUGUAGCUAAUAGUCAACAAAGUUCUCUUACAAAUUGGCACGAACUUUUCCGUUUACCCUACAUAUAGUCAUUUCAAUAUAACUUAAUAUCCAAUUUUUUAGAUUAAGAAAUAAUAAGUACAAUUUUUUCCUGUUAAUUCUUUAUAUAUUAAUUAAUAUAAAGCUGAUAAUACUACAAAUCUUUGAAAAUAGAUUUAUAUCCAAUAUGCAGUACAUUUUUAAUACUGAACUUCAAAUGUUUGUUUUGUACACUGAAGUACUUUUCUAUCGACUCAAAUUUUGUGAUAUAUUUUUAAUGAAAUACAGUCGAGCCCGGAAAAGCAACAGUCCGAGGCGACACAAUAAUUUUCUCUUUUAUAGAGGUUUCUCGUUUACGGAGAUCGUCCGGACAAGUCGCUUACAGAAGUUUUUGGUUUAUCCACGUUCGAUUGUGUAUUUUUUUAUAUCAUAA